AUGGCGGCUAGUUUUCUGCAGUACUGCGCCAUGUGCGAGAAACAGAUCAUGACUCCAUGCAACUCGAUUCUCUACUGCAGUGAAGCAUGUCGUCGCAAGGACGCCGCGAAGCCUCUUUCGGCCUCCAAUCUGUUCCAUGAAUCUUCUACACCGCCAUCGUCCCUCCCCUCCUCGCCGCGUCCGACCAUACCAACGCGCAUUUCCAGCGCGUCCCCAGAACAUCAAGACAAACCUUCCAUACGGAUACCCAUUGAUCUGCACGAGCACCGAUCAGAUCUUGACCCAACGGAAUGGAAACCCAAAAUACCUCACCGCGGCGCCUCGGCCGGCUCUGAGGCGUUUCGCUACUUGAGUCGUUUCCACCAGACACACAAUGUUGUCAACAGCCCUUCGGAUCACGCCGACAACCACCACCUCGUCAAGACCGACCGCCCAGCAGCAAUGCGGCACAAGAGUACCUUGAGCAUGUCCACCCUGACACCCAGCACAACCACGCCAAGUCUGGCCAACAGCCCCACCACAACAUCAUCCAGCUUUGGCAGCAUGUACGAGUUCAACUUGCGCCCGCUGGCCCCUCGGACCAAUCCACUGUACAGCACCAGUGCCGGAUACUCUCGAAGCAUAGAUUUGGUCACGCCCCAUAUCCCCCCUCCGGCUCUGAGGGUUGUUGGCGACGUUCCGCCGUUGGCGGGGUCGAUCCCCGCCGCGGAACCAGAGUUUGAUCUCUGGGGCAAGAAAGUGGUUCGACCUGUCGUCCCCGCCGCGACACCAAAGGGCGAGGGUUUGGGAGCCUUGUUUGGGAAGGCGUCUUGA